ACCUUUCUGACUGACUGACGAAAGAAAACCAAAACAAACCAGCAGAGCUCAGCCGGAUGAGGUUUAUAUUUCCGCGUGUUAACGGAUAAAAUCAACAGGUUUUUAGAGUUUGAGGUCAGACGAUCUGAGUUUCUGCACCAGAUUUCCAAUCAUUUUUAGAAGAACACAAGUUUUUACCUUUCAGAAACAAUGCCAUCUACAGUAUUGGACAAGAACGACUAUCAAGGUGGUGCAAAAUGGGGAAAAGUGAAAACCGAGCAGGCCAAGAAGAUUGAUGAAAUCAACAGAGAUCUUAUUGAUGCCGAGACUUACAAAGAGUACGAAGACCUAGAAGAAAGGUUGUCUACAUUCAAAACACAAUUUAUGGAAUAUGAUACCGACGAUUCCGGUGACCUGGACCCCACUGACGUUGCCUACAUGCUGGAGAAGUUAGGUAAAAAUAAAAACAUAUUGGAAAUCAAGAAAAUGAUAGCUCAGGUGGAUCUCGACGGCACGGGAACCAUCAACUAUCACGAAUAUGUGCAAAUGAUGCUUGGAAAGAAGAACUCCAUACUUAGGAUCAUUCUGAUGUUUGAAGAAAAAUCGAAGGAGAAACCAGGUCCAAGCGGCGUAGCACCAGUCAAACGGUUUGAAGAUUUGCCAUGAGCGUUUUUGCUGUCUUCUCGUCAAUAAAAAGUGACUUUAAAUAAGUUACUUAUGCGGCUUGAAAAUAUUUUGUAAAUUAAACCGUGAACAUUUUAUGAAUGAGCAAGUUUCUGAAUGUGAAACUCUUCAUUUGUCUUUCUCCUUCCUUGUAAUUUUUUUAUGCUGUAUAUUACGAAUUACGUGGAUUAUAUAUAUUCGUAUUUAUUCUCUUAUUAUUUAUGUAUGCAGGAUAUAUAGCGCACUUAUCAAUUUAAAAUCUGUAACUGCUCAAUACAUUUUUUUGUUCUCUGGUUACUGGAUCAAUUAUGCAUUAUGUGCCACCUCCCUGCUCUCUUAUUACUAUUUGUAAUUAGUACUACCAAUAUCUUUUUAAAAUCUUCAACUCAUAUGGCCCCAAUAUCCAUUUAUACUCCUGGGCGAAGAGAGACAAACUAGUGUCUUGCCUAAGGACACUUGUUUUGUGCUCAGCGUCUGUCUCGAACCCACUCGAUGUAAAGUGCGAAAUGGGCUUUUACUAUUUAAAAUUGUUAAUAUUAGUUUCUUUUUUUUUUUUUGAAUAUGACCUAUGGCGCCAAACUAAUAUGUAAAAUUAAAUAUUUACAGUUUCACAGCAGAAUACGAAAUUUCGAGAUGUUUUCUAUAUACCUGUAGUUAUUAACAUUGCAAGGAAUGAUUGCGUUUGGUGUAACAAUACGAUUUGCAAUAAAGGCAUAUCAUUCUUCUAUGAUCUUUUAUUAAAAUAUAGUAAACGUUCCUUAUUUUACAUUCAGUGUACAAACCUACAGUAAAGCAAUUAAAAAAAAUACUAUAUUAA